GACAAUGGCGCUGUCUCAGAAAAUGAUGUAAUGCACCACCCAAAUUGAUCGCUACAGCUCCCAAGCUAACGGGAGAUCGGACUGAUGCACAGCUUUGUCAGAGACAUGUGCAUCAAAGAUCAAAGCUCACUAUUUAUCACGUAAAAAUCCCACUCCUCCUGCGUGUCGGUCCACGGGAUCUAGCAAUCACCAUAUCUCACAGCUUCCUUCAAUUUGUCUUCAACCAACAACAUCGGAACCAAUAAUCAUCUCUACACAAAUCAUGCCAAGCAGCAAAGGAAAACCCACAGACCCACAGCUUCGAGAGGAACUCAAGGAGGAAAUCAAGCAAGAACCCAAUAAAUCCGGCGAUGGAAAGGGACAGUGGGCAGCAUGGAAAGGGAUGAAACUUGCUAAAGAGUACGAAAAGGCAGGCGGUGGGUAUGAAAAUGAGCCUGGCUCCAAAAAUGAGCCCAAGUCUGGGACGCCAGUUGCGAAAAGUGAGAAGAAGAAGAAGGAAGAGAUGGAAGAGUAAUGUGCGUCUGGAGAGAUAUUUAUUUUUCCUGCUGGCAAGGCCGGUGGUGAUUGACGCAAUCGGGGUCAUCAGUUGUUGAGAGAUAGGCGUUUACGCCAUCUGCUCGUGUUCUUUGAGCACACUCGGACGACCAUGUUUCAGUUACGGCUUCAUUCAGCCACACAAAAGGUUACCAUAACCAUGUGAACCAUUCAUGCUCAAAAAUGCUCCUGCCUUGUUACACUGUCCAACCCGAUGCGGCGACAGUGGCAGUUGAACCCUCUCGGGCCCAAAUCUGACAGGGCUGCACACUUUGUCUUUGACAGCUGUUUUCAAGCCACCAUCAAAGUAUAUAAUCAACAAUUUCCUUCCACCAUCAAUAUCUCUUCUCGAAGAAAACAGGACCGGCUCUCUACAUGAAACAAUUAGUCACGACACAGACAGUGAUGUCCUCUGAGUCUGCUGCCACCUAAACCCAUCAGUUCCUUCUAGUAUCUAGUGGUGACCGCUUUGAUCUAGGAUUUACGGCUCCAUGGACCUUCUCUCACGCACAACGGCAUUGUGGGUGCGACCACCGCACUCGAUGACGCAAUAAGACAAUGAUGAAAACAUAGCAGCUGAAGGAGGGCUUUUAAACCCCCGUUGCGUCUGAGUCUAUCUGCCGACCGUCACGACUUUGGAGGAGGGCUUUUAACCCCCUAAAUCUGAAAGCUGGCUCUCAGUCUGAAGAAGAAGAAGAGAAGAGUGAUAAAUGGAGAGAUGGCCUGGAUUUAUACACAAGAUUUCUGGGGCCAUGAGUGGGAGACGAGUUCGGUCCCAAUCCUGUCUGAUGAACCGUGUCCGAGGGUGGAUGGGAAUGGGAAGGGACGAGGUGGCAAGUGGCCUCAUUGUGAACGUUGCUUCAAAUUGAAUGGGACAAUGUUGUCCGUCAGUUGGAGUCUAUGAAAGGAGCCCAUAUUGUCAAGUGGUAUCGGGGUAUGAACGAUCAUCAGAGUCUACAAGGCCAGAGAUUGGCUGGAUGGAUCGGCAUGUGUUAAUGUUUAUGCAUCUGUUUGGAGCUUCAAUUGAAGUCUG